AUGGCCAGCGACCAGCAUCAAUUCAGAGCCGCCCAAAAGGCAGACUUCACUGACCUCUAUAAUCAACAUAACCCGAGAUCCUAUUUCACUACCUUGCAACCUUUGGAAUACAGAAUUCCGCAGCAAGUACUGCCUUUGAUCCGUUAUCUUCAUCAUCUGUCCUGUCAGGGCGUGACCUCUUCCGCCAUUUUGGACGUCGGCUGUUCGUACGGUAUCAACGGCGCUCUGCUUCGGCAUCAUAUCGACAUGGAUACUUGGACAGCCCACUACACGUGUUCCGAGUUGAGUUCUGAGGAGCAAGUUUUGGCAGACAAGGAAUUCUUUGCAAGCCGGACACAACCUUCCAAACCGCCGGUCCUAGGAUUUGACAAGGCGGACCACGCUGUCCGCUACGCCUUGAACGUCGGCUUAAUCGACGCUGGUUGGGCAGAGGAUCUUGAAAAUGGCGACCCUUCUUCUGACCUUUGUAGGGCGUUGCAGGAUGUCACUCUCGUCAUAUGUACAGGUGCCGUUGGCUAUCUGACCUCUCGUACCUUUGACCGUAUCAUGGCUGCAAUCGAUAGACCAAUCAAGCCCUGGGUGCUCAGCACUGUGAUCAGGACUUCGUCCUACAACAAGAUUGGCACUGUAUUGAGAGAACAUGGGCUUGUGACAGAGAAGCUUCCUGGCGUUGUACUUCGCCAGCGUCGCUUCGCUUCUGCUCAGGAGCAAAGCGACGCUAUCGCACAUGUAGCCGCGCUUGGAUUGAACCCAACUGCCGAGAACAAAGGAUAUCUGUGUGCAGACGUUUAUAUAUCCCGCCCUCUUGCGGAAACCUCAAGCCCGCCAAUCUCACAGCUGGCGGAGCAUCUGGGUGGUGUUCAGGUCGUGGAAGCCGAUGUCUGCAAUUGA